AUGACACUCAGUGGUUUGAAGAACAUGAGCACUGUAACAGAGUUCAUCUUGUUGGGAUUCUCCUAUUCAUCUAACAACUCUACAGCUUUCUUUUUUCUGUUAUUACUAUGUUAUAUACUAAGUAUGAUAGGGAACAUUCUUAUCCUUGUACUAGUCAUCACUUUUCAGAGACUACACACCCCUAUGUACUUCUUUCUGUCCAACUUAGCAUUUCUGGACAUUUGUUUCACUAAUGCAAUUGUACCAAAUUUUCUUAGAAGCUUCUUCAUAGAGGGUAAGAUUAUCUCUUUGACUAGCUGCCUAACCCAGUACUAUAUAUAUUUUUUAUUUGGGGCAACACAAUUUUUUCUAUUGGCUGUCAUGUCUUUUGAUAGGUUUGUAGCUAUUUGCCGUCCUUUACAUUACCCCACCAUUAUGCACAAUAUGUUAUGCAUAGAACUUGUAGCUGGAGCAUAUUUAGCAUCAUUUUCCUGGUCAAUUAUACCCAGCAUUGUAAUUAUGCGACUAACGUUUUGCUUUAAAGAAAUAGACCAUUUUUUCUGUGACUCUGCACCCCUUCUACGGAACUCUUGCUCUAAUACAGAAGCCGUACAGUUUCUGAUUUUUAUAAGUUCUUCUUUAUUAUUUUUAAUAGUAUUGUUAGUUACUGUCGUAUCAUAUACUAAAAUUGUGCAGACUAUUUUUAAAAUUGAUUCAACAACUGGAAGAAAGAAAGCUUUUUCAACAUGCUCUUCCCAUGCAAUAGUUAUGACUCUUUUUUUUGGCAGUUGUAUUUUUAUGUAUAUGAGGCCAAGUCACAGUGAAGAUUUAGGCUAUGACAAAAAAGUGGCUGUCCUUAACACAGUCAUAGUCCCACUUCUUAAUCCUUAUAUUUAUAGUCUGAGGAACCAAGCAGUACAAGAAAUUCUCAAAGGUAGGACGGAAAAGUAA